AUGGCGGACGUCUACCGGCACGCUGCAGCAGUGCUGCAGCAGAUGGACUCGAAGCAAAUUGGCUUGAGGGCUGCGCUCUAUGGAGACGCCAGGCCCCCCCCAAAGUCACUAGCCAGGGUGUAUGCGCUGCUCUCGAAGACGCUGCCGUUGCGGCCGUUGCUGCAGCAGCUUUUAUCCCGGGUGGGUCUGGCGAUGUCUACAGAUGCAGCAGGAGCUGAGGCGACAGCAACUACAACAGCAGCAAAGAAGGAGUAUCUGCUGCUGCUGAUGCUGCGGGAUUUGUUGCUGUCUCCAAAGGGAGUAGAAGGAGGGGGGCAGCUGCGGCGGGAGCUGCUGGCGCACGAGUCGCAGCUGCGGUCUCUUUUCAGUGCAGCAGCAGCAGCGGAGGCGGCACCCGCAGCAGCAGCAACAGCAGUAGCAGCAGCAGCAGCAGCAAUUCCAAGGUACCUACGGGUGAACAGACGCCUGUGGGAUGCAGCAGCAGCAGCAAAAUUUCUCAGCGAGAAUUUCCCCUGCAUCUGCUGGGCACUCGUAGAUCCGCUGCUGCCUUGUGUCGUUGCAGUUCCUGCUGCUGCAGCACGCCUGCUGCAGCAGCACCCGGAGCAGCAUCAACAGCAGCACCAGCGGCAAAAGCAGCAGCAGCAGGAGCAUCAGCAGCAGAUGCAGAAGGAACAGCAGCAGAAGCAGCAACAGGUUAAGGCGGAGGCUUCGAAGAAGGACAGCAAAGCGGGGCCAGAGCAGCAGCAAGAGCAGCAGCAAGAGCAGCAGCAAGAGCAGCAGCAAGAAAAGCAGCAAUCGCUGCUGCUGCAUGAGCUUGUGCCAAGAGGCUUUGUAUCUCUUCAGGACAGGGCCAGCUGCACUGCUGCUGCUGCUGCUGCAGUAGCAGAAGGGGAUAUCGUCCUCGAGGCGUGCGCUGCACCAGGCAGCAAAACGCUGCAUAUAAUCGAUAUGUUGGGCGCAAGAGGUCAUCUGAUCGUCCUCGAGAGAGACACGAAGCGACUUGCUGCAAUGCUGCGCAGGCUGCAGCAGGAGGCUGGGCUGCGGGGGCCCUACCUGUCUCCUUGCUGCACCCAGAAGCAUGCGGCCAGCAGCAGCAGCAGCGACAACAGCAGCAGCAGCAGCAGCAGCAGCAGCGACAUGGAGGAGUUCCUCAGGCUCGCAGAGUUGGCGGGAAAGCAGCCUCUGUACUUUGCUCGGUCUGAUGAACGGCCUCGAUCUGCAGCAGCAGUACUACCGACCGCAGCAGCAGCAGCAGCAGCAGCAACAGCAGCAGCUGCACCCGCAGCAGCAAGCUAUCAUAAGCUAGCAGCAUCUGUGCCGCUGCUGCUGGUGGAGGUGCGAAGAGCAGACUUUGCUGCUGUCCGCGGGACCCUUCCCCCCUUCAGCUGCGCACAGAAAAUUCUCUUAGAUCCUUCCUGUUCAGGCAGCGGUCUUCCUACGCAUGCAUCAGCAGCAACAGCAACAGCAACAGCAGCAGCAGCAGCAGCAGCAGCAACUGGAAGUGCAGCAGCGGAUGCAACAGCAGCAGCGGAAGCUGCUGCGACAACAGGGGUGGCUGGCACCGCAAACGGCGGCAAACCUUCACCAGCAGCAGCGAAAGCUGCUCCGGCUGUUGCUGCUGCUGCAGCUACUAGUCCUGCUGCUUCUGCUUCUGUUGUUACUGACGACGAACCACCGGACCUGGUGAGCUGGAGCUGGGAAGGGUGGAAGACUCGCGGCGGCGCCGGUAGCCCGUCUGGGGGUCUUAUGCAUGAGGCCCCUCUGGGGGCCCCUCUGGGGGCCCCUCAUGGGGCCCCUCUGGGGGCCCCUCACGGGGCCCCACUUCCCUCUGUGCUGCCACCAGCACAAGAUGAGGCCCGGGUUUCACGUCUUGCUGCAGUGCAGCAGAAGCUGCUGCAGCAUGCGCUGUCUGCUUUCCCUGCUGCCACCGUCGUCUGCUAUUCAACGUGUUCGUUGUACGUGCAUGAGAAUGAAGCCGUGCUGCUCAGUGUAGGACUGCAGCAGCAACAGCAGCAGCAGCAGCAGCAGCAGCAGCAGCAGCAACAGCAACAAAAAAGGAUUGUUGGGGGCUGGCAGGUGUGUCGUCCGCCUCUUCACUCAGGCUGGUUUCCGCCGUCUGCAGCAGUUGCGCAAAUGCAGCAGCAAGUGAAAAAUAGCAGCAGCAGCAGCAGCAACGUAUGCAACGACGGCGCCAGCAGCUGCAGCAGCAGCGGCAGCAGCAGGCUGAAGGAUGCGUUGGACGCCUUUGGCUCGCUCUGUGUGCGGGCGUCCCCACAAACCCACCGGUGCAGGGGCUUCUUCCUGGCCACUAUCUGCAGACCCGCAACCCCAGCAACAGCAGCAUCAACAGCAGCAGCAGCAGCAAUAGGAGGAGGAGGAGCAGCAGCAGCAGUAGAAGAAGCAGCAGCAGCACCAGCAAAGGAGAGGAUUGGCAGGAACAAGAAAAAGAGGAACCGAACUGCAGAAAAACCCCCACUAAACGGGGGCCCCUCAGGGCCCCCAAACAAACCCAAGAAGAGGCCCAAAAUACGCAGCUGCGCCAAAGUAGGCAUCAGGGUUUAG